AUGAUCGAAGCGAUCCUGGCGACGCUCUCGCCUGGAAAGGCCGCCUUGGGCCUCCUGGUCUUAUUGACCGUUCUGUUCUGGGCGAGAAAGUUGCAAGUCUCCAUGCAGGUCGCCCGCUUGGGCUCUAGAGCUCCAGAGAUUCCAACCUAUCUUCCUGUUGCUGCCGAUUUCAUUUACAAAGGCUUCAAAGCCAGCAGAAAGUUCAGGGAUUUGGAACACUGGAAAGAGUCUCUGGAAGCCACCCAAAAAGCCAAUCGUCUCGCCCAUCUUCCCACCACGGUGGAAAUCAACUCGCUGACAGAGAACCGGAUCAUCUUCACCUUUGAUCCGGAAAACAUCAAAGCGAUUCUGACCGGCCAGUUCGCCGACUAUGGAAAAGGUGAGCCUUUUCACCAGCAAUGGAGGGAGUUCCUCGGCGACAGCAUCUUCACCACCGACGGGGAGCUCUGGUCGGCCUCCCGGCACCUGAUCCGGCCCAUGUUCGUGCGCGACCGCAUCGUCGACACCGAGAUCUUCGAAAAGAACGUCCAGAAACUGAUCAGCCUCCUGGGAGGCAGCGCCUCGCCGACGGGAACUAAGAUUGUCGAGGUAUCCGGACUCUACUUCCGCUACACCCUCGACGCCGCGACGGAUUACCUGCUGGGAGAGGGCACCAACAGCUUGGACAAUCCGACGGUGCGGUUCGCGGAGGCUUUUCGAUACGUGCAGGCCAGACAGUCCGAAUAUUUCCGAAUGGGCCCCCUCAGCCCGUUCAUGUCGCGCAGGAAGUUCCGCCAGGAACUCAAAGUCAUGGAUGACUUCAUCCAGCCGUUCAUCCAAAAGGUAUUGUCGCUCAGUCCGGAGGAGCUGGACAAGAAGCUGUCGAAGAGCGACACCUUCCUCGACGCCCUGGCCCGGUUCACGCGCGACCCGCGCGUCCUGCGCGAUCAGCUGGUCUCGGUGCUUCUCGCCGGCCGGGACACGACGGCCGUGACGCUGUCCUUCUGCACAUUCGAGCUGGGGCGCCAUCCCGAAGUCGUCGCGAGGCUGCGGUCCGAGAUCGCGCAGCGCCUCGGCCUGGGCGCCUCCGCACGCAAGCCGACCUACACCGACCUCAAGGAGAUGAAGUACCUCAACGCCGUGAUCAACGAGACCCUGCGAUUCUACCCCGUCGUGCCCUUCAACGUGCGCUACUCGCUGCGCGACACGACGCUGCCGCGGGGCGGCGGGCCAGACGGGCUCUCGCCCAUCGGCGUCCGGCGCGACACGCGCGUCGUGUACUCGACAAUCAUGAUGCAGCGGCGGCCGGACCUGUACGCGGAGGACCUCGGCACGGAGCGCUACUUCGACCCCGGAAGAUGGAUCCCCGACCGGUGGACGUCGGGCUGGCAGCCCAAGCCAUGGCAGUUCAUCCCGUUCAACGGCGGGCCGCGCAUCUGCAUCGGGCAGCAGUUCGCCAUGCUGGAGAUGGGCUACACGCUGGUGCGCAUUUUCCAGGCGUACGAGCGGGUCGUCGCCAUGCCGGUCACAGGCAAGGACCGCGUCGAGGAUCCGCCGAUGAAGUUCGAGGUCACUCUCACGCCGGGUGCGGAGAUGAAUUGUGUGUUUUUGCGGGAGGGGGAGAGCAAUAAAAUGUGA